ACUUAAUAUCAAUUUAUUUGAACAUGCAGUUCAAUAGUUGAAGUCGAAAUGUCAACUUGUUUGAAAUCUAAUUAUUAAUAUUAAAGAAAUUGUUUCUUUAUUUUGUGGAUUUAUAGAAAAAUAAAUAAUAAAUAACGUUAAAAUGCAUGACGCUUAUGAAGAAACAUCAAUAUUAAAUAUAUCUGUUCAAAUAGAGUCUAUGGCUGCGUAUGAUGAUAAUUUAUUGAUUGGAACAAGAGAAGGUCAUCUUCUUAUGUAUAAUGUACCUUCUGUAUCAGACGAUAAUCAUAAAUUAGAAUUAUUACGUCAUAGUAAAAAUUUUAACAAAAAGCGUAUAACACAGAUAGAUGUUAUACCAGAAUAUAAUUUGUUGAUAAUUUUAACAGAUAACAUAAUAUGUGUUCAUGAUUUAAACUCUUUAAACUUUCAACAACUCUAUCAGUUACAAAAAACUCGUGGUGCUACAUUGUUCAGUUUAGAUAUAAAACCAAAUCAAAUCAUAAAUGGUGAAAAACACACAAUUGUACACUUAUGUGUUGUUGUGAAACGUAAGCUACAAUUAUAUAAAUCAAAAGGAAAAAAAUUUGAGACAUUUAAUGAUCUUGAAUUAACUGUGCCAGAUAUACCACGUGAAUUAUCUUGGUGUGGUGAAACAUUAGUUUUGGGUUUUCGUGGUUUAUCAUAUACAAUAUUGGAUUUAAAUGGAAAAACUAAAGAGUUAUUUCCAACCGGAAAAUCUCCAGAACCAAGUGUUACAAAAUUAUCUGAUAAUUCUUUUGUGUUGGGAAAAGAUUCUCAAUCAUUUGUUAUGGAUACUAGAGGAGAAUUAAUUCAGCAUAAUCCAGUAAAAUGGUCUGAUACACCAAGUGCAAUAGCUUGGGAUGAUCCUUAUCUACUUGGAAUCGUACAUGAUAGAUUAGAAGUAUAUACCACAGAAGGUUGUUUGCACAUACAGACAAUAAAGGAUUUAAACAAAGCUAGGCUUAUAUAUAGAUGUAAACAAGGAAAAGUUUUUGUUGCAUCAAUUAGUCAUGUUUGGUGUGUGAGAGCAAUUGAUGUAACACACCAAAUUAGAACAUUACUUGAACAAACUCAAUUUCAAUUGGCAUUGAAAUUAACUAGUUUGUCAGAUAUAUCUGAGGAGGAAAAAGUUAAACAAAUAUAUAAAAUUCAAACAUUAUAUGCUCAUCAUCUGUUCCGUAGUAAAAGAUUUCAAGAAGCAAUGGACCAAUUUUUGAAAAUAGGAACAGAUCCAUAUGAAGUGAUUAUGUUAUUUCCUGAUUUAGUUACACCAUCCAGUAAUAAUCCUGAAGUCAGUGAUCCAACAUUACCCAAACUUCAAGAUCAUGAUUUGGAAAAAGGUCUACGUGCAUUAAUAGUUUUUCUUACUGAAGUUAGACACAAGUUAAUGGGAGAUUCAAAAGCCAAGGAUAAAGAUAAUAUCAAAGAAAAAACUUUGAUAGAAGGAAAAAAAAAUAUGACAGCAGUAGCCACAGAACAGCUAUUGAAAAUAAUAGAUACAACUUUGCUAAAAUGUUAUUUGCAGACCACUGAUGCAUUGGUAGCACCAUUACUUAGGUUAAAUCACUGUCAUUUGGCAGAAGCUGAAAAAACUUUAUUAAUGCAUCAAAAAUAUCCUGAACUUAUUAUAUUAUAUCAAACUAAAGGACAACACAGAAAAGCAUUAGAACUUCUUGAAAAACAUGCAAAAGAAAAUGAUUCUAGUCUAAAAGGUACUGCAAGAACAAUACAAUACUUGCAACAUCUUGGUAAAGAUUAUAUAGAUUUAAUUUUAAAAUUUGCUGGUUGGGUCUUGAAUGAAGAUCCAGAACAAGGACUUCGAAUUUUUAUAGAAGAUAUACAGGAAGUCGAACAAUUACCAAGAGCAAAAGUGUUGGAUUAUCUUCUUCGUUGUCAUAAGGAUUUAGUUAUAACAUAUUUAGAACAUGUAGUACAUGUUUGGGAAGAUACUAAUCUUUUGUUCCAUAAUGUUUUAAUACAUCAAUAUAAAGAAAAAUGUUUAGCAUGUAUGAGUGAAAAUGCUACACCAGCCGAAAAACAAACAGCUCAAUAUAUUAGGCAAAAAUUGCAACAAUUUUUACAAAAAUCUGAGCAUUAUAUGCCUGAAACAGUAUUAGUUCAUUUUCCAUUCGAUAAUUUAUUCGAAGAACGUGCAAUUAUUCUUGAACGACUUGCACGUCAUCAGCAAGUUAUUUCAAUAUAUAUUAGUCUUCUUAAUGAUGUACCAAAAGCAAUUGAGUAUUGUAAUAAAGUAUACACUAGAUAUCAAAAAAAUGCAGAUAAACAAAAACAAUCUAAUGGAGCUGAUGAAGUUUAUGUAAUGCUUAUUCAACAAUUAUUGAAACCUGAUGAUAAAGAAAAUUUGAUGGCAGUAUAUAUUUAUUUUAGGAUGUAGUUCAGAAAUUCAAAAAACAGCCCAACCCGAUUUGGAAAUGGCGCUUCGAUUGCUCGAAGAACACGCAGCGAAGAUAGAUCCUUUAAAGGCAUUAGAAAUU